AUGAAAGCGGAAGUGGUUCCGAGAAUGGGAAGAAAUGGAGAAUCCUACGGGAAAUUGCGUGGCAUGGUAGGGGCCCAUCACACUCCACCGACAUUCAAACAUUUAGAAUCGGAUAAAAAAAACUGGAAAAAUUCCGCGACAACCACACGAAACUUGUUGCCAUUAUAA